CUACGCGCGCCGGUCGGAGGGCAGCAGCAGCAGCAGCAGCAGCCGCGCUUGCGAGACGACGGCUCGAGCGCGACCCCCGGCGGCGGACGACGGCCCCUUGGCGCGGCGCCUGCUGCUGCUGCUGCUGCUGCUGCUGCGAGCCACGGGGGCUGGCUGUCGCUCGGCUUCUCCUCCCCCUCCUCCCCCCCCUCCUCCCGCCGCGACGGGUCCUCCUGGAUGCUGCCGAGUCGGGGCCAGCGCUGGGGAGAAAGCAGCAGCAGCAGCAGCAGCAGCAGCAGCCCGCUCGUCUCUUCUCUUCUCCCUCUUCCUCCUCCUCCUCCUCGUUGCUGCGCGUGGCGAGGCGACCGCCCGAGAGGGCUGCCCACCGGGGCGUCUGAGGAGCCUUCGCCCGUCCGGCGGGGGUCGGUGAACCAAGAGAACUUUUCUCCGUCUCCUCCUCCGCCGCCGCCUCCCAGCAGGGCAGCCGCGAUGAUGACCCACCUUUGCCGACGGAAGCGGGCCGGCCGCGGUGGUCUGGGUGGCAGCGAACAGGUGCUUCAAGCCGAGGGGAUGCUGGCAGUGAGCGGCAACUGAAGUGAAGGGACCACUCUAGGCGCUCUGAAAGCAAGACGGAAGAGGAACCCAGCACUUCCCUCCCAGCGAGCGCCAUGGAGAAUGUCCACGAACUGCAGCACCCGCUGCUGGCCAAGGCCCCUGGGAAGGUGACCCUCCAGGGCAGGAUGCUGAGCCAAGCAGCCCCCCAGGACCAUUCUGGAUUGUUUGCCCACCACUUGCCGCCCAACUUUCCCUGGCUCCAGCCGGGCUCCGUCAUUCCCAACCAGCUCCUGGAUCCCGGCACCCUGCAGAGGACGGUGGAGCCGUACCGUACUCCAGAACCAGUUCUGUACCCGGAGCUGUGGAAGUCCACGAAUCCCCAAGGUUGGAAGAAGAAAGAUUAUAUUGAAACCGCCUUUGGGGACAGCAAGGAGGCAGGAGAGCUGCCCCGGAAGGUGCCUCUCGAGAAGGACAUUCACACUGUCUGCUAUGAAGUGGGCGACACAGAGCUGCCAGACCUAGAGAACGACUCCUCAAGCGACAGCGACACAGAGAGCGAGAGCAGCUUCUCCAUGCUGCUGCCUCAGGAUUAUCUGGGCCUGGCUGUCUUCUCCAUGCUGUGCUGCUUCUGGCCACUGGGCAUUGCUGCCUUCUACCUGUCCCAAAAGACCAACAAGGCAUCAGCAAAGGGGGAUUACCCAAGGGCGUGGACGGCCUCUCGCCAGACCUUUGCAUUGGCGGUCUUGUCCAUCAUCCUUGGCAUCUGCACCUACAUCGGAGCUGUGGUGGCCCUCAUCGCCUACCUGUCCAACAAAGCGCCAACCUAGGGCUUCCUGGUCACCGGGAGAGGGAGAGAGAGAGAGAAAGAGAGAGAGGGAGAGCCUGCCCCUGCCCCUGGCCGGAGAGGGGAAGUGGGGGGCACUGUGGAUGUGACGGAGUCGGCACGUCUUUCCUGGUGUUGGUUUCACCAACCCGGCCCCCCCACAACUCAAGUCUGUGGACCAAGGAGGAAACGUUUGUGCAUUCGGUUGCAAGAGGCAGGAAACUGGACAGGGAAUGGGGGGUGGGAGGGCCCCCGGGCCUGGACUGGAGCCAUCCCCCAGGCCUCCGUGUUUCUGCAAGUCCGAUACAGGCCAUUUCAUGUUCAGUGCCCCCCUCCAUGUGUGGGAGAAGCCAGCCCCCCCCCAUGGGGUAAUUUACCCAGGCUGGGUGCAACACAGAAUUCUUGAGUGUCUAGGAUUGUUGUCGUCCCCCACCCCCCAACAGCAGGAAGGGGGCAGGAUUGCUGGUUAUGGGCAAAAGGGAUGCUCCUCGUCUUGUCUUCCCACAUACACUUUGGAACCCUCCUUCAGCUCACUGUGUUUCUUGCUGACACUCCUCCUUUUAUACAGAGUUCCUCCUGACCCGUCCACAAUCAUCAGGGUUUGGGAUCAUGCACUCAGCCCCCACCCCACCCUCAAUAAACCAGCAAUGCACUCAGCCUCUGUAGCCGCCUCCUCGUGUUCCCUGCCUCUCAUUUCUCCAGCGACUACGUGGACUCUUCCAUGCAAAAGGCACUGAGAAAGCCACAAUAGCACCUGAAGCGAUACAGCCCUCUCUGUGCCUUCACACGGGCCUCUGAGUCAGGCCAGACCUGCCAGAGGUGCUUUAAGAGGCCCUCCAGGACACGGGUUCCCAACCUACGGUACCCAGAUGUUGCUGGACUACAAAUCCCAUCAUCCCCAGCCCACAACGACAACAUGCAGCCUCCCUCAAGUCCAGCUUACAACUGCAGUACAAAGAGUAAGAGCCUGCAUGUGCUUUUUUCAGAGCUCUGUUCUGCUGCAGAGCUGGCCUGUCUGCACUAGGCUGGCUCAGCCAAUGGUCUGACUCAAAGUAUGCGACAGCUUUCAAAGGCAGAAGCUAGAAUGAAUCACUCACAGCCUUCUUUCCAAAGGCUGGCGACAGAGCAGCAACUAAAUGGAACCUCCACACUCAGAGGCAGUAUAUCUGCAAAUGCCAGCUGCUGGAGGACAAAUGAUUGAAAGGGGGAAGCUACCCUCAGGCCUUGCUUGUAGGCUUCCACAUAUCGUCUGGCCACUGCUGGAAACAGGAUGUGGACCUUUUCAUUGGAUCCAGCAGAGCUCUUCUUAGGUUCAAAUGAUAAAGUGUUUCCUAGACUAUAUUACUUCAGGCUGCAAGCUGGGGGUUUGGAUCGAUGGGAGGGGAAGAACCUCAGUGAGACAGCAUUAUCAGGGAGAAGACUAGGCUGGAAAUCCUUCUCCUCAACACUCGACUUUUCUACAUGCUGCAAGCCAAUUUAACAGGGGAGCAUUCAAACCUGCAAACCCCCCACCCCACCUCCUGCCAUUGUACAGUCCAGGAAAAGCUGUAAACACUUGAUUCUCUUGCCUGCAGAAAACCGGACCUCAGAGCAAAGCCCCUCCCAGCUUUUCUAUCCUCCUCCACUGUCUUCUCCUCCCCACCUGCCCCCCCCCCAAGAAGCCCCAUUAUGCUCUUUUCUUCUCUCACUCUUCUCAAAAGCUCUCAUGAAUUAUUGAGAGUUCUAGGGGUUUAUCACAUAUUUAUGCGCCGUCCCUGGCCCGCUUCUUUCUAAAGCAUUAACCAUCAUCCUAAUCUCAGCUCAGGUGGAAACAAAAGAAAAGAAAAGAAAAGGAAAAGAAAAGGAAAAGAAAAGAAAAGAAAAGAAAAGAAAAGAAAGACUCAACUUUGGGACCCUUUUCUGGUACACUGUCAAGACUUGUAUACUUUUCGUUCCUGUCAAGAGCAGAGACUCCUUAGGGAUGGGUUGAGAAAAAACACUGCACCAUU